CGGCGGCGUCGCGAGCCGGAGCACGCCGGCGGUGUGGGCGGAGCCUGCGCGAACCCCGCCUUCCCUCCCUCGGUCGCUCCCUCCCCUCCCUUAAAGCACCAGCCCGUCCUCCGCGAGGGCCGCAUAAUAGCGGCGGCGCCUCAGGAGGUGCUUUGUGGUGCCGUCGGGGAGAGAGAGGGAGCGUGCUCCGCCAAACCCGCCACCCCCUCUCUCCUCCUCCUCGUUUCCUCCCUCGUCGCCUCAGCUGGCCCUGUGGCUGGAUGCGGCUGAGCUCGGGCUCCCAGCCUCCGCGCCCCUGCCGCUGUUCGUGAGCCCGGCGCGGUCCAGACGGAGUCCCGGGCGCCGCCGCGAUGUUUGACAAGACGAGGCUCCCUUAUGUGGCGCUGGAUUUGGUGUGCCUGAUACUGGCUGGCUUACCCCUUGCUGUUCUAAACUUGGCAAAAAUAAAGCCGUAUCAGAGGGGCUUUUUCUGUAAUGAUGACAGCAUCAAGUAUCCGUUCCAUGACAGUACCAUCACAUCCACUGUCCUCUACGCAGUGGGGUUCACACUGCCCAUUUCCUCUAUAAUCAUAGGAGAGGCACUUUCUGUGUAUUACAACCGCUUGCACUCCAAUUCAUUUGUGCGGAACAACUAUAUUGCCGCUCUUUACAAAGCCAUUGGGACAUUCAUUUUUGGCGCAGCUAUUAGCCAGUCUCUUACGGACAUUGCCAAAUACUCUAUAGGUAGACUGAGGCCUCACUUUCUGGACAUAUGUGUACCAGACUGGCCACGGAUCAACUGCAGUGCAGGUUACAUUGAAAACUUCAAAUGCCUUGGAAACAAAGCAAAGAUUAAUGAGGCGAGACUGUCGUUUUACUCUGGACAUUCUUCGUUUUCCAUGUAUUGCUUGCUCUUCCUAGCACUUUAUCUUCAGGCCAGAAUGAAAGGCGAUUGGGCAAGACUUGUGCGUCCUACGGCUCAGUUCGGUCUUAUUGCAGCAUCCAUCUACGUGGGCCUCUCCCGUAUUUCUGAUUACAAACAUCAUUGGAGUGAUGUGUUGACCGGACUUAUCCAGGGAGCACUGGUAGCUAUACUUAUUGUUGUGUAUGUAUCUGAUUUCUUCAAAGACAGAGGUCGUACAUUUAAACAGAAGGAGGAAGAAGAUUCACACACAACCUUACACGAGACACCUACCAGUGGAAAUCACUAUGGCAGUAAUCACCAGCCAUGAUAAAGUCAACAGCUAUUACCCUGUGGAAUCUCCCCUUCUAUAAAAAGAAAAUUUCAAGCAUUUCUGACCUAUGUAAAGAAAUAAAUUAAAUGCCUCUUGAA